UGUACUCACGAAUGCUGUAAAAUAUCGACAUUGCUUUUAUAUUCACUGCAAUAUGGUAUUUUCUAAAUUGAAUUAAAUAGUGUAAUAUUUUCUUUUAAUAAUGGCUACACUUGCAAUACGCGCAUUACCCGAUGUAAAAUUGCCAAAACUAUGGAACAUACAAAUUCAACGUCUAAUGUCCAACAAGUGCGAGAAAAAGUCUGCGUUGAAAGAUUUGCAGAAAGUAACCACAAUAGUUGCUGAUACGAGUGACUUUGCAGAAUUGAAAAAAUAUAAAGCAACAGAUGCCACAACAAAUCCAUCCAUUGUGCUGGCAGCAUCCACAAAAGAGAGCAAUCUGAAGUUAAUAUGCAAAGCAGUCGAGUAUGGCAAGUGUCAAAAGGGAGCCAAAGCGCAACAGGCAUCGGAAACUGUUGAUUACCUAACCGUAUUGUUCGGCAGUGAAAUUCUCAAGAUAAUUCCUGGCAGAGUGUCGACAGAAGUCGAUGCACGCCUCUCGUUCAACACAAAAGCAAGUGUGGCAAAGGCGCUGAAGUUGAUUGAGCUAUAUAGUAAAUUAAAAGUGGAUAAAAAGCGUAUUCUUAUCAAGCUGGCCUCCACCUGGGAGGGCAUUCAAGCAGCCAAAAUCCUGGAGAAGGAACAUGGUGUGCACUGCAAUCUAACACUAAUGUUCUCACUGGCCCAGGCGAUAGCUUGUGCCGAGGCAGGAGUUACGCUGAUUUCGCCAUUUGUGGGUCGCAUCUUCGAUUGGUAUGUGGCCAACACAGAUACCAAAAAAUUCGAGCCACACAAUGAUCCGGGUGUAAUCUCAACCACCAGGAUCUACAAUUACUACAAGAAGUUCGACUACAAGACUCAAGUGAUGGGUGCGUCGUUCAGAAACAUUGGUCAGAUCAAGGCAUUGGCUGGCUGUGAUCUCUUGACGAUUAGUCCUGCACUGCUUCAGGAAUUGGAGUGCGAUAAGAGUGAAGUGAAGCCAGAGUUAUCUGUUGAAUGUGCCAAGAAAGCAGAUAUUAAGAAAGUAUGCAUAGACGAGAGUCAAUUCAGAUACGUGCUCAAUGCUGAUGCGAUGGCGUCAGAUAAAUUAGCCGAUGGCAUUCGUAAGUUUGCCGCAGACACUGUAAAACUCGAGAAUCUAAUGAAAGAAUAUUUGAGCUAUUAAAAACAA